AAGUUUCGUACGAUUUCGUUUUCUUAUCGGAGUGACACAAAAUGCGGAUAUAUGAAUAAAUAAUAGAUAUACAUAUACAUAUUACACAGCCUGACACCCCAGAACACCUGCUACUGCACUACCCUCGUCACCACUCACACCGUGUAGCUACCCCUCCUCCACUCACUAUCUGCUCUCCAACCACACAAGCCAACACUGACUGACCUGGGCGGCUCCACAAAUCCCAAUCAGGCUUUCAAGACUCAACCUCAUCAGGACCUUCUUACAAAAAGCAAACCAGCUACACCGCAUAUAACCUGAACACAUCACCACCACAUACUGCACCUUUGGGGCAUUAGAGGCUGUGACACAGCCUGCACGGCCCCAACAAAUCAAGAAAUAGAGAUACACAUAUAUACACAUGUAUCCAAAACAGAUGUUCGUUAAGUAAUGAGGACAAGCUGCGACGGUGCCUGACUGCCUGUCUGCAGGGCUCUGCAACUGUCUUCCCUAGACAGUACCAUGGGGGGUCUCAUCACUCCCCGCAUCAUCUACUUCAUGGGGUUCUUGGACCUCUUGGGAGUCAGUCUUAUUCUACCCUUGAUUCUUCCUGUGGUCAACAGCCUUGGCGCAUCUCACAUCACAGCUGGAUGUAUCACUUCCCUCUAUGGUGCUAUACAGUUGCUGUCAAGUCCACUAGCAGGCUGGUGGAGUGAUGGGAUGGGACGGCGUCCUGUGCUGCUGGUGUGCUUACUGGCCACAGCAAUGAGCUACGUGAUGCUAGGGGCUUCCAGCUCCCUGUUGAUUAUUGUCAUCGCCAGAGUCAUUGCAGGAGUGUUCAAGCACAGCCAAACCAUGUGCCGUGCUGUUCUGGUGGAUAUCACCCUCGUCCAGGACAGGUCACACGUGUUUGGCACCUUCAACGCCACGUCCAGCAUGGGUUUUAUCGUCGGUCCUAUGCUAGGAGGUCAUCUUUCUGAGGUACCUAAUGGCUUCAGGGUUGUAUGCAGCUUGGCAGCAGCUCUAUUUAUAAUUAAUUUUGUACUGUGCUGGGUGUUCAUCCCGGAGAAAGCCAGUGACCAGAGGCGAGUGGAGGCCAAGAAGACUCCCGCAAGCCAGCCCCGCCAGUCACGCUCCUUCAUUCACGACAUUGAGUGGAGUAUAUUCUGGGACGUUUUUCUCGUCCGCUUCUUCUUGAGCUUCUCUUCUCUCGUGUAUAGAUCAAAUUUUUCACUAUUGGUAAAGGAAAAUUUUGGAGCCAGUCCGAGAGUCAUCGGAUACCUAAUUUCAUUCCAGGGAAUCAUAAGUGCAACAGCAGGCUUCUUAACGGGCCGGGUGUCCAAAUUAUAUCAGAACUCCUCGCAGGAAUUAUUCCAUAGUUCCAUUCUGUUGUGUUUUGCCCUCCUUGGACUUACGAUCGCCCCGUCACUUCCCUUCUUGCUGAUGUGCCUGGUCCCGCUGUGCAUCAGCACCGCUGUCAUACGAGUCAGCAGCACCGCUGUCACAAUUGGUCGCUGCAAGCCGUCACAGGUUGGCUCGAUCACUGGCUUCGGGCAGAGCAUUGCCUCCGUGGCGCGGAUGAUUACGCCGCUUGUGGCUGGUGCGGCUCAGCAAGCCAGCCUUUAUGGGCCUGGCCUCAUAGGGACGCUGUCAGCCGCCAUCGGGGCAACAUUUGCUGGCUAUGUGUCUCGCGAAGUAAAGCUGAAAGAGUUAUAGGUAACAGCACAAUCUGACAUUACUGUGACAUUUAUUUCGACAGGGAUUAUAUAUAUAGUGUAUAAGCUAAACUACGUGUGAGGGACCAUGACUGACGUGCACAAAUGUACAUUGUCUGACUUUGAUUUAGGAAUCAAUUAAAUGAUGUAAGAGUGCGGUCGAUGACAAGGUGACGAGCAUCUAAUAGCGUGCAGACAGGUUACUCGCACUGGUCACAGACUGGUGGUGUCCAGGACAAGGUUUUAAGUUUCCAGGGAGUGAGCUUAGGUCAUGUGCCAUGAAUGAGUACCACAAACAACGAAAAUAUACUUAUGCAUUUUAGUGCAGGUGCGGCGAGAGGUGCUUGUUACAGUUCUUAUUUUGAUUACUUAAACAGAGCUUCAUAAUCCAUUCUAUAGAAAUGAACAGGCUGGGAUCUGUCACAUUCUUAAUUGGAGAUAAGCUCCUGAUUGCACCGUUGUGUGUGCCAGUCACUCGGUAACAAGCUCCUCUCCUCAUGGGUGGCUCCAGUGGACUCUGUGCGCUGCUCUUCUUGGGAAUUACUGAUUCAGGAUUUGUGAGAAGCAGAUAUUAGUGUGGAAUGAAAUGCCGUGAACAAAUCUAAGUCUUAAACACACACACACACACAGACACAGACACAGACACAGAUAGAUAGAUAGAUAGAUAGAUAGAUGUUUAUUGACCACAAAUAUGUAAGUUACAAUUAUAUUGCCUACAGCAUACCUUUGGUCCAAUAUAUUAUACUUUAUACCUAUACAUGAAUAAAUUCCAACAAACUAAUAUUAUUCAAUUGAAUACCAA